AUUUUGGUGGGGUACAACUGUGAUAUUGAAACAUUUGAGGUUAAAAUUUGCAAAACUACGGAUAUAUGUACCUUCAAACCGUAAUAAUGUACUAACCCAUCAGAUCAAAGCUCCGGCAACGAUAAGCACAGAUAUUGCAGAGUGGCAAUUUUUAUACAAAAAGGCAAUGUGCUACUCCCAUACCUCCUCAAUGCUGUGGAAGCCAUUCGUCUCUUCUCCUCUACCUGUAUCAGCAACAAAGCUUAUAGUGUCUGCCUCCUGUACCAAAAUGAGUUUUUCUAGUGAGAGCAUGGCUAUCAAUAUGAUGUCUGUGAAAAAGAUUCCUAUUUCUGCAGCAGCAACAUCAUCAAACUAUAAUGUCACCAGUGAUAAUUUUGGGGAAGACACCAUUGAUUCCGCCAAAGGGUCGGGGACAAGUGCAAGAGGCCGGAGACUGCUUAAGGUUGAGGAGGAGAAGAGGAAACGUGAAUAUGAUCGUCUGCACACCUAUCCUGCUUGGGCCAAAGUGCUAGAAGAUGCCUGCAAAAAUGAUGAGGAGCUCCGUCAUGUUCUCGGUGAUAGCCUUGGGAACCCUGAACUCAUGAGGAAAAGGAUUCAAGAAAGGGUUCGAAAGAAGGGUCGAGAUUUUAACAAAUCCAAAACAGGAUCUGUCCUUGCUUUCAAAGUCAGCUUUAGAGACUUUAAUCCUCUUGGCUCCUACAUAUGGUUUGAAUUAAUUGGAUCACCAUCUGAUAGCAAUGUUGAACUUCUUGGCACUGUUAUUCAGUCAUGGUAUGUUAUGGGGCGACUGGGGGCCUACAAUUCUUCUAAUCUGCAGUUGACUAAUUCAUCAAUGGACUACAAUCCUCUCUAUGAUUCUGUCAAGGGUUCUAAAGUGAUGCCAUCAUCAUUUCAUGACAUUGGUGAUGUCGAGUUCCAGGACAACUGGGGCCGGGUUUGGGUAGACCUUGGUACAACGGAUUUCCUUGCAAUUGAUAUACUCCUCAACUGCCUGACUGUGCUGAGUUCAGAAUAUUUGGGAAUUCAACAAGUAGUUUUUGGCGGUCGCCGAAUUGGUGAUUGGGAAGAGGGAAUGACAAGUGCUGACUUUGGUUACAAGUCCUUUAAGAUCUGAAAUGGAACUGGAUAUCAAUACUUGUGUUUUUCGAACGCUGGACAUUCUGUGUUACGCAACCAUAACAACCAUGAUGGACGGAUAUGAACAGAACAUGGGGUAUCCAAGUGAUAAGUGGCAAAUUGGCAAAUACCCUAGUUGAAGAAACAGUUCAUGAACUAGAAGGCAAGGUAGAGAUGGCAGGAUUCGGUUGACGCGCGAAGAAGCAAAGGUAGAUGACCGAAACUUUUCAACAGCAAAUCGAUGAGUGUUUUGGAUGCAAAAGAUCAAAGCAUCAUUUUCUGGAGCGUCACAGGUGCCUACAUUUACCGACUUCAAAAUUACAGCAAAUUAAGCUGAGUUGAACUCUCUCGGAUUUAGUUGAACUCUUGCAAGCAAACAACAGUUUUGUGGUUCCUGAGAUAGGGCAUAUCCUGUAGUCACACAUGUCUUGCAAAUGCAAGAGACUUGAUCAAACCCGUUUCGCAACCCUGGCCUUCUGGUGUUUGUAAUAGUGAUGUCUUGAUCUUUAUUGUGAUUCUGAUCUAUGAAGUUCAAGAUUUAUGAAGCUUCUCUGAAAUA